ACGGUUUGAGGCAACAGCAAUGCUUUCCAAUUCAACGCAAAACAAUGAAAAUAUCACAGAUCUUAAAGCAUCGACUGAGGAGGCGGCGGCUCACAGCAACCUGAUGAUGAUUAUUGCCACCUUGACCUGGAUGUUGCUCAGCAUUAUAACUCUCUUCCUUUAUUGCUGCAACUAUUGGCAGCUGCUGAGGUCGAGGCAGCAACGGCUUCAGACAGAGCUGGAGCCUGAAUUCCAGCACAGCAGUCAACAGUCUUCUCUCAUUGGAUAAUUAGUAGUGCCACCAGAGAGACCAUAGACAAUGAUAAGUAGAAAAACCACAGCAAAGGGAGCGAUUCAGAGAUACGUAGAGAAGUGCAACAGCUGGCGGUGAUCAUGUUUGGGCUUCAUAUCCCGCAGCGGCUUCGGGUGUGCCAUGACACCGGCCAUAUGGCCGUGUGCAGCAGCAUCCAUUUCCAUUUUCCAUUUCCAUU